AUGGAGGGACAGACCCCAGGAAGCGUCGGCCCUCCAGAAAAGCCCCCCACGACCGCCCCUACUCUGUCCUCUACGGGGGCCGUUUUCAUCCUUCUGAAGUCUGCCCUGGGUGCCGGCCUGCUCAACUUUCCCUGGGCCUUCUACAAAGCCGGUGGGGUGGCCCCCGCCUUCCUAGUGGAGCUGGUCUCCUUGGUCUUCCUGAUCAGCGGGCUGGUCAUCCUGGGCUAUGCUGCCGCCGUCAGUGGCCAGACCACAUACCAGAGCGUGGUUGGGGUGUUGUGUGGCCCCACCAUUGGGAAGCUGUGCGAGGUCUGCUUCCUCAUCAACCUGCUCAUGAUCUCCGUGGCCUUCCUCAGGGUGAUCGGGGACCAACUGGAGAAGCUGUGCGACUACCUCCUUCCCGGCACUCCGCCCGCCCUAUGGCCCUGGUACGCCGACCAGCGCUUCACCCUGCCCCUGCUCUCGGUGCUAAUCAUCUUGCCCCUGUCCACACCGCAGGAGAUCGCCUUCCAGAAGUACACCAGCAUCCUAGGCACCCUGGCUGCCUGCUACCUGGCCCUGGUUGUGACAGUGCAGUACUACCUUCGGCCCCCUGGACUUGUACGGGAGCAUCAUCCUUCACUGAGCCCUUCCUCCUGGACCUCUGUCUUCAGUGUCUUCCCUACCAUCUGCUUUGGAUUUCAGUGUCACGAAGCUGCUGUUUCCAUCUACUGUAGCAUGCGUAACCGCAGCCUCCGCCACUGGACCCUGGUCUCCGUGCUGUCCCUGCUAGCCUGCUGCCUCGUCUACUCACUGACAGGGGCUUAUGGCUUCCUGACCUUCAGGACAGAAGUUUCUGCUGACAUCCUGAUGUCCUACCCGGGCAAUGACAUGGUCAUCGUCGUAGCCCGGGUGCUCUUUGCUGUCUCCAUCGUCACCAUCUACCCCAUUGUGCUCUUCCUGGGGAGGUCGGUGAUGCAGGACUUCUGGAGGAGGAGCUGCCGGAGGACUUGGGGACCCCAGGAACCGGCUGACGCCUCAGGGCCGUGGGUACGGAUGCUGCUGACCGUCCUGUGGGUUGCUGUGACACUUGCCGCUGCCCUGUUUAUGCCCGACCUCAGCAAGAUCGUCAGCAUCAUAGGCGGCGUCAGCUCCUUCUUCAUCUUCUUCUUCCCAGGUUUGUGCCUCAUCUGUGCAAUGGGCAUCGAGCCUGUAGGACCAAGAGUCAAGUGCUGCCUGGAGGCCUGGGGCGUGGUCUCCGUGCUGGUGGGCACCUUCAUCUUUGGGCAGAGCACAGCGGCGGCUGUCUGGGAGCUGUUCUGAGGGCGCCGGCGCCGGGCAGGCAGCAGGCCUCCACAGGGGACCAGGCAGCUGCUGUGUCCUGCCGGGAGACUGACGUCAUUCCUUUCAUCAUGAAGAUGCUGGAGAAAC